CGCUGCCGCCGCUCUGAGGCACCAUGGCCUCGCUGGCCGCGGCCGAGCCCCCCGGCCCUCGGGCGGCCUCCCGCUCCCCGGCCCUCGGCUCCUCUCGCAGCGGCGGCGAGAGGCGCAGGAACGCCCGGGACUCCCAGGAUGCACCGUUGAGAUCGGCGGAUUUGAAUCACGUCAUCACACUACUCAAAGAUUCGGGCUCGAAAGAUUUGGAAGAGGAGCAGCUGAAAACUCUCAAGAAGGUAGUCAAGCAAUUUGAAAAUGGACUUCCCCUUAAGAAUGUAGUACAAAUUACCGAAAUUCUUAACCUGUGUGCAGAAAAAGUGAAUGAACAAGAAGCUUUCACUGAGCCUUUAUGUGAACUUAUUAAAUUGUUUGGGUUACCAUUUCAAAAAAAGAAAUCAUCUGAUGAGUUAAACUAUUCCGUUGAAGUUUCACAAUCCAUUGCACAACUGGGCUACUUGAUGAGAGUGCCAAGCUCUCAAGUUAAAAUACAGAUCUGUAAGAGCAUUGUUAGCUUUUACAAUAUAGAGCUACCAGGAAAACUACUUUCAGGUUACCAGCCAACAAGUGCAAACUAUAAAAUCCGAAUGGCUGAAGAAGGAGGAUUAGCAGAAGCUCUUGUUUUGUCACUAGCAUUAGUUGAAAAUCAACUUAUUGAGAAGUUGUGGGUACUUAAAGCUCUCCAGCAUCUUUCUACCUCUGGAAUAAGUUGCAGACAAAUGGUGAAGGCCCAAGCAGCCAGCAGGCUUUGUUUGUAUCUAAAUGGUCCUGAUCCCUCAGGACAGCUGGUGUUCCGUUCCUCAGAUAUCCUAUGGAGCUUGCUAGAAAAUGCCUCCAAGGAAGAAGUGGUUAAUCAGCUCAGCAGCUUGGAAUGUGUGCACACUUUGAAAGAAGUAUUUGCCGACCUUGUCACACGUGGCUUCCGGCACUGUGAUCAUCAGCUGCGGAAUGACCUCUUGGUGAUUGCCACAUUACUGGCUGAAAACCGUGCAGUACCUGUGAUUGAAAGUGGAUUUGCAAAGCUCUUAAUAGUACUUGCAACAUUUACUGAAGUUAAACUUCCUAAUCCCUUGGUAAAAGGUUUUAAACUUACCUACUCAUACGAGGAUUUUGAGAUGAAGAAGUUACUAUUUAAUAUAAUAGGAAUCUUAUCUGAAGAACCAUCUGCUGCACAGCUCCUCAGUGAAAAUCAUGUGAUGCCAGCUUUGCUUUAUUAUGUAAAACUAAAUCAUCAAAAGCCUGGAUUUCCUGGCUGGUCUGCUGCCCAAUAUGAAGAAUUGCAGCUUCAUGCAAUUGCUGUUUUAGCUUCAGUGGCUCCUGUGUUAGUAGAUAAAUAUUUGUCCUGCCAAGCGAAUACUCUUCUCCUUCUGUUUCUAGAAUGGUGUACAGGCCAAGAUCCUUUCGUUGGUCGAGGUCACAGUUUCCAUGGAACAGGUGGUCGUGGUAACAAACUUGCACAAAUGCGCUACAGCGUCCGGGUGCUGAGAUCUGUUGUGGCCCUUUAUGAUGAUGCUGUGAGCAUUAAUUUGUGUGACCAGGGAGCAAUUAGCCAGCUACUGGACAUCUUAAAGUAUGCAGCAGACAAAUCUAAAGAAAAAGAAGGUACUGUUCUACUGGAAAUCCAAGCUGACAUACUAUUUAUUUUGUCUGUUCUCUGUGAAAAUGAUAUCCACAGAAAGGAACUCUUCAGCUGUGAAGGAAUUGAUAUACUUAUCCCAUUCUUUACAAUGGAUCCAAAGAAGUUAUAUAGUGGAUUAGGCCACCACUGUCUUCUGCUCAGUGCACUCGACUGCUUGUGGUCCUGUGUCAUUGGAUGUCACAUUGCAGAGGUCUCUUUUAUUGAAAAACAGGGCAUUUUUCUCCUUCUGGAUUUGUUGGCAUUAAAGGAAAAGAACCUGUGCAAUAUAAUUCUUGGAAUCUUGGUUGAAUUUUCUGACAACCCUAAAACAACUUUGCACAUGAGUGUCUGGCGAGGGAAGAGAGAUCAAACAGCAGCUAAUCUUCUAAUACAGUUAUGGAGACAGGAGGAGUUGGAUUUGGGAGUCAGACGUGAUAAACAUGGGAAGAUUGUUGACACUAAGAGACCUAUUGUUACCAGCUUCCAGAAACUGCAAAAGGUCAUUCCAGUGCCUGCCAGCUGUCCCAGUUUUGCCAUCAUGGAAGUUGCAGAGAGCAUACGGGCAAAAGUUUAUUCACUAUUUUGCAAGCUAGGUUUUGAAAAUUUACCUGGCUUAUCUGCUAAGGAUUUUGUUACACUUGCUAUUAUUCAACGUUAUAUUGACUUUAAAAUUGGAGAGGUUUGGAGUGAAAUAUGUGCAGAGAUAAAAGAAGAAUUCAGGCCUGUUACAUCAGAUGAGAGAGCCUUGAAAGUUAUUUCAAAUAUAUUAGAAAAUACUGGAGAAGUGGUUGUUGCUCUGCAGACUGAAGUGCUUGAAGCAGAGCGCCAGCUCAAAAUCCAGGAAGAUGCAGAAACUUACAAAGAAAUCCAGGCUUCCCAAACACAGAGAGAACUGUUAAAUAAAUCUUGGGAAAAUUUCUUGACUCGGACAUCAAACUAUGAGGCAUUGAAGAAAGCAAAAAUUCUUCAGGAAGAAUUAAUAGAUGCUUCCAGACUUAAAGCGAAGAUUCAAAAUGGAUCAGUCUACUCUACUGAUAUUCCAGAACUCAAUAUAACAGUCGGACCUGGUCGCUUCGUAACUGUGGAUAGUACGCUUAGUCAGCAGAGUGGAGGGCCACUGGCUGAUACAGAGCAUGCUCCUAGAAAGUCCUCUGUUUAUAAAAGAGCCUUAAAAAAAGUUCAAAAGAGAUAAAACAUUGGACUCAGUCAAGAAAAAAUCAGUACCUGUAGGAUAGAUGCUGUUCCAAAGAAUGCUGUGUUAAUAUAUAGUUACCUAUAUGUAGAUACAAGAUAAAAUCUCUUUUAAUGAUUUGAAAAAUUGCUUAAAAUAUCACAAGAGUAAAAUUAUAGUUUCCCUUAAUUAAUAUAAUGUGGGGAUGUCUUAUUAAUGAAGUUCCCUAGUACAGUAUGGUGCAAAGGUAUGUUAGUCUAGUAACUUUGUAUGCUAAUAUCCCCUGUCAACAGGUCCAAUGUUUUCAUUUCCAUCUCUUGCUGACACAUUCCAUGCCUUGCAGUUUAAGCAUCUCAUUGAGCAGGGUGAUAAAUCUUCACAUGAGCAGGUGAUAAAUCUUCACAUAAACAUAUCUGAUUCUUCAUUUUCCUGAAUACCAUACCCACAUAUUUUUUGUCCAAGCCCAUUUUGUUUCCUGAAUUGCCACUUUUAGAAUCAGGACUUCUGACAUCCCAGUUUUCAUCUAAACACUCACUAAGGAGCUUGUUUUUGCUAACAGUUUCUCCCAGCCUGUUGGAGAGCAUUCUGCUGGAACAUCUUUCUCCAUUUGGGUUGCUCACAGCUCUUUAACUGAUCUUAUUAAUCUAAUAAUUGUUGGGCUGUUAUUCCUUAUAGAACUCAUCCAAACAGAACUCAUCUUCUUCCCCCUUGGCACCUCUAGAAUGCCUGCACAAACUGGUGAGCAGCAGACCUUUGUGCAGAUGACUCAGUUUCUAAGCUAUUUUCUUUUUUAAUUUGGUCAAUGCCAGAAUUCACUGUAUUACAAUAACACAAGAUUCCCUGAGGCUCUUCAUUUUAAAACUAGUUGCUAUCCAGUGCUAUGGCAUAAAUUUCUGUGUUGCAAGCUUUUAUGCUGUAACAUACAAACUGACAUUUAGUCUGUCUUUUUUGCCUGUCAGCAACAUCUUGAGAAAAGCACAAACUUCUGCUUUUUUAACUGCCAGCUUGAAAAAAAGGAAAUAAGUUUGAGCUAAACAAAUUCCAACUCCUUUUUUUUACUUCAUGAAAGAGGGAUAGGAUAGGUAUGUAUAUAAGCAUAUCUUAAAAAUGUUUGUCAUAUAACAAGACAAUGGUGGCAUUAAAAAUAAAGGCAAAUAGUUUUAUUUUAAAAUUGACUACCUAAUUCUAUAAAAACAAGAAUCCUAAGAAAAUAUUGAAAUAAAAUAAAACGUACAUAUG